UUGUUUUAUACCUGAUGGAUUUCAAAAUGGAAUGGGGCCCACGUUUGCAUGUACAUGCUCAAGGUCACAAUCAGCCAGAUGAACCGGAGCCGGUGUUUCUGUCACAACUUCCGAAUGUUACUGUGUCGCAAGGCAGAGAUGUCUCCUUCACGUGUGUAGUCAACAAUUUAGGACAGUACAAGGUUGCUUGGAUUAAAUCCGACUCUAAAGCAAUACUUGGAAUUCACACCCAUAUGGUAUCCUUAAACCCAAGAUUAUCAGUGACACACAAUGGCCACAACACCUGGAAACUCCAUGUCUCCCAUGUACAGCUAAAUGAUUCGGGCAGUUACAUGUGCCAAGUGAAUACGGACCCCAUGAGGAGCCAGUCUGGUUAUUUGGAUGUUGUCGUGCCUCCAGACAUUUUAAACCAUCCCGAACAAAAUCUGGAAGAAAAUCUGACCAAUGAAGGUGGUACCAUAACAUUAGUAUGUACUGCUACUGGAGUGCCUAUGCCAACUGUUCAGUGGAGAAGAGAGGGUGGAAAGGAAAUAAUCCUGCGAACGGAAUCCCGGGAAAAGCAAGUUGUAAAAACGGUUGAAGGAGAAAGACUAGUACUAGGCAAUGUACACCGAACUGACAUGGGUGGUUACUUGUGCAUAGCAUCUAACGGAGUGCCCCCAUCCGUAAGCAAGCGCUUUGAUGUUCACGUUAAUUUUCCGCCAUCCAUCAAGGCCGUAAAUCAGUUGGUAGGGGCGCCGGUUGAGCGAGAAGUUACUCUGGAAUGCAUUGUGGAAGUCUAUCCAAAGCCUUUAAAUGGCUGGUAUCGUAAUGAGGGAAAUCUUAAGCUGCACAAUGGCAACAAGUAUAAUAUAUCCGAGAGCAUGAUUAACAUGUACACUUGGCAUCUUAAUCUGACAAUACGUCAUUUGGUAAAAGCGGACUUUGGCGCUUACAGCUGCUCCAGUGUAAAUGCUCUAGGCAAAAGCGAGGCCCGUAUUCGUCUACAAGAGCUUCGUUUGCCACCAAAACCAACAACAACGCCGACCCCGUACGUACAUACAACGGCGAAGAGCAGGCGUAAACAACCAUCAAAUAUGAACAAAGGCCUUAACGAGGUGGUGCGAGCCAAGGAAAAUCACUUCACUAAUCAAGAGAACGAUGUCCUCGGUGGCGGUAAUGCGCAAGGUAUUAACAUUAUCAAUGGAUUUGUAGUCGGGCCAGCAAAUGGCAUCAAUAUCGUGAAUGGUUUCUCUAAUGGAGCUGAAGUUCACACACAACUUCCAACUCGAAAUGGUUUCGACAGGCCCCACAAAAAUCCGUCAUCUUUACCAACACAACAAACUUCGUGGAUACUACCAACUCCAAACAGGGGAUCACCCCGCUUAGCAGUUAUCGAAUCCCAUACAAAAGCGAGUAUUCGAGUAACUUUGUUUGCGGCCUUUGUGUUUAUAUUGCACGAAUUGUCAACUAACUAAACGUGUAGAGCUAACUCUAUUGUUAAAUGUUGCGUAUAGGAGUGAAACAACAUCUAUCACAUAACGAAGAAAUACGGCGAACGAUCGGUAAUGGUGAGUGGAUUCAGUGUUCUUAUUCCUUGCAAUGGCCUGCAGAUAUCUAAGAAAAAACGAAAUCAUCCUGUAUGUUAUAUAGGAUAAAAUUUAGUAACGGUGGUGUGUCAAAAGAUAACAGGUAUUAUAUUUUAUUAU